CAAAAAAAAACAUCAUCAAUGGUGAUGAAGAAGACACAGAGUUGACUGCUCAUGUAUGUUGUUGAGCAGUAUGAGUAAUAAACACAAUGUUUACACUUUUGAGGAUUAUAAAUGUACGCCGGACCCUGUAUUCACGGUGGAGAGGGAAUGUCUAGAACCAUCUCCGGCGCCGAUAGUGGUAGAUAACGGCUCGUUUCAGUGCCGCGCGGGUUGGGCGUGCGGUGGUUCACAGUCGGAUCAGCCGCGGCUCGUGUUCAGAUCGGCGGCGGCGCGCAGCAGAGGAGCCGCGCGCAGUGACGCGCACGUGGGGAAUGACAUUCCUAACCUGGAGCCGCUGCGCUGGACCCUCAAGAGCGCGUUUGACCGCAACUCUGUGGUGAACUUUGACAUACAGGAGCUCAUCUUUGAUUACAUCUUCAUGCACCUCGGAAUAAACACACAGGGUCAUGUGGAUCACCCUGUGGUGGUCACCGAGCCGCCCUGUAACCCGCUUCACUGCCGACAGAUGAUGUCGGAGCUGCUCUUCGAGUGUUAUGGAGUCCCGCGGGUGGCGUACGGUGUGGACAGUCUGUUCAGCUUCUACAAUAACAGUGUCAGUGAUGGAGCAGAUCUGCCCUCUACAGGUCUGGUGGUGUCAUCAGGGUAUCACUGCUCACACGUGCUGCCCGUCAUCAAUGGCAGGCUGGAUGCUGUGAAUUGUAAGCGUGUGAAUUUGGGUGGCGGUCAGGCCGCGUCGUAUCUUCAGAGACUGCUGCAGCUGAAAUACCCCGCAAACCAGACGGCCAUCACACUGAGCCGCAUGGAGGAGCUUCUGCACCAGCACAGCUACGUCGCUCUGGACUACCAGCAGGAGCUGGAGAACUGGCGCAGUCCUAUCUUUUACGAGAGGGAAGUCCACCGCGUGCAGCUGCCGUUUUCAGGGCGGGCAGUGGGCGUUUGCAUGAGCGCCGAGGAGAGGAACGAGAGGAAAGCACAACAGCUUCGCAGACUACAGGAAAUCAACAGCCGCCGCAGAGAAGAGAAACUGCAGGAAGACCAGAAACGGCUGGAAACGCUGCUGUCUGUGCAGGAGCUGCUGGAGGACGGAUCUCUGGAGCUGUUCCACAGGAGUCUGGUGGAGCUCAACAUGGACUCGGCCGAGGAGCUUCAGUCUUACAUCCAUAAACUCAGCAUGAGUGUGGAGCAGCACAAGCUCAUGAAGGCCGAGUUGUUGAAUCAAACUGCAGAGGUGGAGCCGCCCGCAGAUGACGGGAAUGAGAUGGAGACGGAUUUAAAUGAGGAGAACGAUGAUCCCGGCAAAACUACCAGUGCCAACCAGCCGAUGUUUAACAUGGCGGAGUAUCAUCAGCUGUUCGUGGGAACGGAGCGUUUGCGUGUGCCGGAGAUCUUAUUCCAGCCGUCACUGAUCGGAGAGGAGCAGAUGGGCCUGAUGGAGACACUGCAGUUUGUUCUGGAACAGUACCCUGCGGAACAGCAGGAGGCGCUAGUGAAGAAUGUGUUUUUAACUGGAGGAAACCUGCAGUAUCCUGGACUAAAAGAAAGAGUGCAGAGAGACCUGCUCGCCAUCAGACCCUUCCAGUCACACUUUAAGGUGUCUCUGGCGAGUCGGCCGGCUCUGGACGCGUGGUUCGGGGCUCGUGAAUGGGCACUCAGGAACCCUGCUGAAGAACAGGGCUGGAUCAGCCGUCAGGAUUAUGAGGAGAAGGGAGGGGAAUAUCUGAGAGAACACUGUGCUUCAAACAUCUUCAUACCCAUGAAACUCAAUAAACCGACACCUACGACGAAACACAUAAUCAUGGGAAAAUUCCCAGACACAAGCCUUCCUGACACCAUCAGCAAUGACAAUGACGUCUCCCUGUCUUAGUUGGAUAUGUGUAGUUUCGAUUUACGCAGACUGGACUGUUGACACUGCAGGGCAUUUCUGUAGCAUUUACAUUUUUACACAUCAGUUUAAGGCCUGUUUGUACAGUUGACAUGUACAUUUGACAAAAUUCUAUUAGUGACCAAAUUUGUUUGUUUUAGUGUUUUAAUUAGUGUACAAAUUAAAGCCUGGUUCACACUGUA